ACGCGUCGUCAAGUUCGUCUACUGAGCAUGCGUGACUCGGGUCGUAUCGUUUCCGCUUGCAUCCUUCUUCCUUUAUGACCAGGUAAGGCGUACAAGCUGCCUGGUUAGCGUAUGUCUUAUGCGUGAAAAGUCGUGAAAAAAAGGCGAGAUGUCGUUGUCAACGGCGCGACCUUUGGUUACUGUAUAUAGUGAUAAAAAUGAACCAUCAGAAAAUACAAUUUCUUUGCCAUCGGUGUUCAAAGCUCCGAUUCGUCCCGAUAUCGUAAAUUUUGUUCAUCAGCAAGUUUCAAAGAAUAGUAGGCAACCGUAUUGCGUGUCCAAGGAGGCUGGUCACCAAACCUCUGCCGAAUCAUGGGGAACUGGACGUGCAGUAGCACGUAUUCCUCGUGUUCGUGGUGGCGGUACCCAUCGUUCCGGUCAGGGUGCAUUCGGUAACAUGUGUAGAGGUGGACGCAUGUUUGCGCCAACCAAACCAUGGAGAAGGUGGCACCGUCGCGUUAAUGUUAAUCAGAAAAGAUACGCCCUUGUUUCUGCGAUUGCUGCAUCUGGUGUUCCUGCUUUAGUACAAUCUAAGGGACACAUGGUUCAAGAAGUACCAGAAUUCCCUCUCGUAGUUUCCGAUAAAAUUCAGGAAUACAACAAGACUAAACAAGCUGUUAUCUUCUUGAGACGUAUUAAAGCUUGGAAUGAUAUCCAGAAGGUUUACAAGUCGCAAAGAUUCCGUGCUGGUAAAGGUAAAAUGCGUAAUCGUCGUCGCAUUCAACGUCGUGGACCUUUGAUUGUCUAUGGGCAGGAUCAGGGUAUUCGUAAGGCAUUCCGUAAUAUUCCUGGUGUGGAUCUUAUGAACAUCAAUAAGAUGAAUCUCCUGAAGCUGGCACCUGGUGGUCACGUUGGUCGUUUCGUUAUUUGGACGAAGUCUGCUUUUGAUCAAUUAGAUGCUCUGUAUGGUACUUGGCGUAAACAAUCUAAGCUUAAGGCAGAUUACAAUUUACCCUUCCCUAAGAUGGCCAAUACAGAUUUGUCUAGACUUCUGAAGUCGGAUGAAAUUAGAAGAGUUCUGAGAGCUCCAAGAAAGAAGGUAGUACGCAGGGUGAAGAAACUGAACCCAUUGAACAAUACACGUGCAAUGUUGCGUCUUAAUCCAUAUGCUGCAGUAUUGAAACGUGCAGCAAUUUUAACAGCACAAAGAAGACAAUAUGAGAAAGAUUUGCUUUUGGCUGAAAAACGUGGAAUCGAACUUCCUAAGAAUGCACCAGCACUCAAAGCUAAGAGGCUGAAAGAGAGACGAACCAAGCAAAUUCUGGCGGUUAAAGCGAUUAAAGCGAAGAAACCUAAAGCUCCGAAGAAAGCAGCCUCAGCACCAGCUAAAGCUGCAAAGCCAGAGCCGACGAAAACGUUGGAUGCGCAGGCAACAAAAGCUAAGAGCCCACCAACCAAAUAAAAAUGAUUAAGGAGCUUUUGUCGUUAAUCCAAGAUUUUUAUUUCAAUAUAAAUAAAAUUUGGAAAGAGACACAACAACAAAAUUUA